AUUUAGAGGCUAAGAAGAGAGUCUGGGGCUUGUUGGGGGCAACAUCGACAACCCCUGUCCUGAAACUUCAGCCUCAGACUCUGGUGGUAUCUGGACAUGAGACGACGGGGAACCGUAAACAGGACGGCGUAACGAACCGAGGGCGGUUAUUGGAGGCGAGGAUGAAGGAGAGAAACAGGGGCAACAUUGAACAAAAGAACGAGAUGGCCCGCGUGAAAGCCCUUCGCACCUGUUUUGGCUUUGCCUCUUCCUCCUUGUCUUCUUCUCUCCUUGGCGCUGGCGCAUUGCUAUUGCAGAUUAUCUCCAGUCUUUCUAAUUCGAUUCGAUAAUUCUCUCUUUCAUUGACUUGUCUGCCGCCGGUUGAUCCGCUUUGUACCUUGCUGCACACACAAAUAGAAACAGAACAUUCAUUCGAGAACUCACAAAAGACAACCGCCAAGAUGGAUAUGUCGGACGCAAAGUACGCCAACAUCAAGUUCGAGGACCACGAUGACCGGAGCAGCACCGAGGUCGAGGAGUCACUCCUUGGCACCGACGACAAGGCAUGCCGGCGCUGCAUGGCUAAAGACUACCAUCGCGACCAGCCGGCGAGGAGGAAGAACCGGUGCCUGGCGAUGCUCAACUCGUCGCGGUGGUUUGUCGAUACGAUAUUGCUGGUUGUGAUCUUGGGUCUGUUGGUGAGAGAGCAGAUGCAGAAGCCGCCGGUGAAUACGUGGGAUUUUGGUGGGGAUUUGACUGGUGUCAGCGGACAUUUCUCGCAGCAGAUCAAGACGUUCACGCCAGACUAUGAGGGCAAGUAUGCGCCCAACGACACAUCAAAGUUUUUCACCGAUGAAACUUUGAACAACUGGAACGAGUUGAUGCCUUACGGCAUGGGUUUCCAAUGGGUCAAUGACACGCACAAGUACCACGACCUGCCGACUCCUAUCGUCUGGCCCGAGAAGACCGUCUUCACCACCUCCAUCACCCACCAGCUGCACUGCUUGUUCGCCGUCGUCCAGACCUACUCUGGUAUCAAGUCCGGCCACGAAAUCCCCGAUGACCAUCACUGGCACAUGAUUCACUGCUUCUCCUACCUGAGACAAACCAUCAUGUGCAGCGCCGAUAUGGCUCUCGAGGGUCUUGAGACAACCUUCCCGGAUCACAACGGCGGUUCUGACGGCUGGGAUUCGAAGCAUGUGUGCAAGGAUUACAGUCAGGUCAAGAACUACUUGGAGAGUGUCAGGGCGUACGACGACAGAGAAAUCUUCUAAAAAGCAAAACUAUUAGCACAGCAUCAUAGGCAUUUCAUUUCAAAACAUACAAAUAUUUC